ACUGAGCUCAGUCUUAUAACCUCCUGCAUCUGCAGAGGGAUCAUCAGUUCAUCAGUUUAUAGGAGAGGAGGAAGCUGAGCUUUGUGGAAGCUCCCUGUUUACCCUGGAAAACUGUCCUGUAAUGGAAUACUGACGAUGAAUCCAAAGUUUUUGCCACGCUUUUUUCACCUAAAGCCUUAUUCUUCUGAUCAGAGAGUUUAGGAUAAAAAGUGGAUCGUGAAAACCAGCAAUGUCACCAUGUGCUAAUCCGAAAGCGCAGACUUAAAAGGGGAUGUGUGGGACGCGCAGUUGGUAGAGUUUGAAAAUAGAAAUAAAAAUAAUAAUUAAAAAUACAAAAAAAAACAGGAGGACGGAGUCCAGCUAAAUAUGCAUGCAGUCUGGAUAUUCCUCCUAUUCACCGAAGAGGGAUUUUGUCUUGCACAGAAGAUUAAAGAUGGAGGUGCAGGAUCUAGAGGAGGCAGAAUCAGUGAGCAGUCGCGGAACAAUCGACACUGUGGAACGUGGGUUCGAAGACCAGACGGUGGAAGCUUCAGCUCCCCAGACUACCCAAAUACGUACCCUCCAAACAAGGAGUGCCUUUAUGUACUGGAAGCCCUGCCCCGUCAGAGGAUAGAGCUGCUCUUCAACAAAUUAUUCCAAAUUGAAGCGUCUUUUGAGUGCCGGUUUGACCACAUCGAGGUGAGGGAUGGCCCCUUCAGCUUCUCACCGCUCAUCAACCGUUACUGCGGCACAGCCAGCCCUGGCCUUAUCCACUCCAGCGGGCGCUUCAUGUGGAUCCGGUUCUACAGUGAUGAAGAGCUCGAGGGGAAAGGGUUCCAGGUCCAUUACAAAUUUACUGCAGAUCCUGAAUUUCAUCUACACGUGGGAGGACUUUUAAACCCCAUCCCAGAUUGUCAGUUUGAGCUAACUGGGCUGGACGGCAUGAUCCGCUCCAGUCAAGUUGACGAGGAGAACAAAGUGAAGCCGGACCAGGCGGUGGACUGCAUCUGGACUAUACAAGCCCCAGUGAAGAAUAGGAUUUACCUGAAAUUCAUGGAGUAUCAGAUGGAAAACUCAAAUGAAUGUAAGAAGAAUUUUGUGGCUGUUUAUGAUGGCAGUAGUGCCAUUGAGGACCUUAAGGCCAAGUUUUGUAGUACAGUUGCUAAUGAUAUCAUGCUGGAGACUGGUUUUGGAGUGGUGAGGAUGUGGGCGGACGAGACGAGCCGUCUCAGCCGUUUCAGGAUGCUGUUCACAGUUUUCGCUGACCCUCCCUGUAUUGGCAGUGCAUUCUUUUGCCACAGCAACAUGUGCAUCAACAACUCGCUGGUGUGCAACGGCGUACAAAACUGUGUCUUCCCCUGGGACGAAAACAACUGCCAAGAGACAAAGAACAAAGCUGCUUUUCUUCAAAUCACAAAGACUCAGGGAACAAUCAUCUGCAUUUCUACAGGGGUAGUGAUGUUACUCCUGAUUUUCUCCAUAAUGGUGCAAGUCAAACAGCCACGUAAAAAGGUAGUGAUACGUAAGAAAAAACUGUUCCAACAUCCUCACCUCCAGAAGAUGUUCGACCCCCAGCACUACGAGUUGUUUUCUAUCAGAGACAAGGAGAUGUCUGGAGACUUGAGGGGUCUUUCAGAAGAACUCCUGUCCCUGCAGGCUCUGAGGAGAUCUUCAUCUGGAUCUCGCUGCGUUCAUGAACAUCACUGUGGUUCACAGGCUUCUGUCAACUCCAUCAAAGCCAGUCACGCUCCAUAUGUAUUGGGCAAGGGAUCCUUGGAGCUACCCCCUUUCAGACGGGACAGUCAGACCGCCGCGCCUCCUUUCAGGGACGUGAACAGCAGUUUGCGGAAGAAGAGCUGGCCCAAUGUAAAACAGAGCCGAAUGCAGAGCCACCUGGCCAUGGUUGAUCGAGCGCUUUGGCGGCAGGAUAGAGUUAUGGAAGAAGAUGAGGAGGAAGAGGAGGAAGAGGGGAGGUAUGAUCUGUAUGUAAGAAGAGCAGGAAGCCGAAGGGGAAGAUAUGACAUGGCUCAGCAAAGAUCUCAGUCCAUGGACUUUUAGCGUAGGAAGCCGAGGUCAGCACAUUACAGAUUACACUAUUUGGGAGCAGUUACUGUAUGUACGGAUGUGAAUAAAAUACAGGGAUAAAAGCAGA